CUUUAGAUUAGAAUGAACCUUCAGCUGCUGACUAGAUCCCUGUUGCUGACUGCAGCAGUAAUGGUCGAAACUCAGGAAGUCACCUACACUGGGGUCCUGUGGAAGGCAGCCAACGUCCGGGAUUCCAUAAAGGAGAAGCCUGUGGAAGAAUUCACGGUGAAAAGGGAGCUUGUUUGUGCUGCCGAAGCCCAAAGGCGACCCUGGUGUACCUUGUAUUGCUACAUUGGUAACCUGUGCAGCCUUUACACAGUUACAUUCCCUCCCACUGUUUUCCCUGCCGUUGUCAACUGCAAGACGAUUUCUUCAGUCCGUAUAUCUUGCAGCCCUCCCUUCGCCCCCGUCCUGAUGCUGGAGGACUUGGGAUGCCUUUAUACGUCUACAACCAAGAGAAACUGGAUCGCCUCCCGUGAUGACUGCUACUCUUAUGGCGCUCAUCUGUUCGUUCCUUUGACCAACGAGCAGUACAUUGCUUUGAAGAGUCAUUACUAUUCAGAAAACCUUUGGCAAUGGAAAUGGGUUGGACUUACCGCUCGGAAGUGGUUGGAUGGUCGUCUGGAGGAAAACGUGUGGAACGGCGGUGAACCGAAUGGACCUGCUGAUGCUUCACAGUGUGGAUUGAUGCAACCUGAAUACUCUAUGGAUGACAAAUACUGCGUGGAAAGUUACGAGUACGUCUGUCAAGUGAACAACAUCUCUCCGUAAAAGGAAUUUACUACAGGAAGACGGACAGGAAAAUUGUUCUACGUAUUUGAACAUAGUGAUGGCCACAAAAUCGUGCGAGAGUUGAGGGGUGGGGGGAACAUAAUCCCUCUGAGCGUGUAGUUGGUAAGCAAAGUGAUUUUACGUUUCAUUUUUUACAUGUGGAUGUAAGG